AUGGCCGGGCUCUCGCGCGCCCCGCUGUUCCUGCUCGCCCUGGCCCUGGCCCUGGCCCUGACCGCGAGCCCCGCGGCCGGCGCCAACGCCGGGAGGCCGCGCCUGGUGGGCGGCCUGGCGGAGGCGGACGUGAACGAGGAGGGCGUGCAGCAGGCGCUCAGCUUCGCCCUGAGCGAGUACAACAAGGCGAGCAACGAUGCCUACCACAGCCGCGCCAUGCAGGUGGUGCGCGCCCGCAAGCAGGUCGUGGCUGGGAUGAACUACUUCUUGGAUGUGAAGAUUGGUCGAACCACAUGUACCAAGUCCCAGCCCAACUUGGCCGCCUGUCCCUUCCAUGAGCAGCCGAACCUGAAGAAGGAAGCACUCUGCUCUUUCCAGAUAUACACCGUCCCCUGGCUGGGCAAGACCUCCUUGGUGAAGUCCAGCUGCAAGAACGCAUAG